GAAAGAAGUAUAACGCAAAUCUUAAACAAAAAUAUUAAAUACAAUAAAUAUAACUAAUAAGUACACAGCAGUUAGUCCGUAGUUUUUAAUUAACUCGGUAACCCCACUUAAACCAAUCUUCAUCUCCAAUCUCUCCUUCCACACUUUCUAUAAUCUAUACUCUCUAUAGUCUGUCUAUACACACUGUCCCCUCUCUUUCUCUCUCCUUCUCUCCGUGUGGAAAAAUGCAACGUAUUACCGUUUCCAACAAUUAAACCAAAACCCAAACCCAAACCCAAACACAAAACUCUCUCUUUCACUCUCUCCGAUCUCCUCCUCUUCUCCAACAACAAUGAAGUCAACCACCAAACUCCGACCACAACCACCCUUACUAGUCGUAUUACUUGCCAUCACCUUCGCUCUCUCCCUCCUCCCCUCCGCAACCCCCGCCGACGCCAACCCCUCCGACUCCCGCGCAUUGUCCGCUCUCAAAGCCGCCCUCCCCGGCCGCUGGAACACCUCUGCUUCCAACGCCUGCCAAUGGCAAGGCGUAGUAUGUAAUACAAACGGUCGUGUUGUCGAGCUACACUUGCCCGGGGUCGGAUUAAUAGGUCGGAUACCGAAUAAUGUUUUGGGGAAUCUUGCUUCGCUUAAUUUUUUAUCUCUGAGGUAUAAUGCGUUGUCCGGGAAUAUUCCGAAUGAUUUCUCUUCGUUGUCGCAGCUUCGGUAUCUUUAUCUCCAGCAUAAUAAUCUUUCCGGCGAGAUUCCGGCGGUUUUGUUCUCGAUGAAGAAUUUGUUCCGGCUUGAUUUGGCCGGGAAUAGAUUUUCCGGUGGGAUCUCUUUAGGGUUUAAUAAUCUGACUAAUUUAGCUACAUUGUAUUUACAGAGUAAUCAAUUGACGGGUUCGAUUCCAGAUUUGAAGAUUGGUAAUCUUAAGCAGUUUAAUGUGUCUCAUAAUUUGUUAACUGGGAGUAUCCCUUCGCAGUUUUGCGGGAUGCCGUCGACGGCGUUUGAAGGGAAUUCGCUGACGGCUUGUGCUGCUACUGCACCUUCCGCCAACCCGAAUGAUAGUGGAAAUGGUGAUGGUGGGGAGAAGAAGAAGAAGAAAAAGUUGUCUGCUGGGGCGAUCGCGGGGAUUGUGAUUGGUUGUGUGAUCGCAUUGCUGGUGAUUCUGCUACUAAUUUUCUUCUGCUGCUGUAGAAAAAACAAAAAGACUGAGCAACAGCCUGGUACAAGGUCUGUGGAUGCAGUUGCUGCGGCUGGUGCUGGUGGUGGUGGUGGUGGUGGUGCUAAGCAAUCUGAUGUGGAGUCAGGGGCAGCGGAGGGAGCUGCUGAGAGGGACGGUGAGAGCUCAGGUGCUGUGGCCGCGGCUGCUGCAGCUGCUGCUGCUAAAUCCAGUGCUAAGAGUGGAGGUGGUGUGGACAAGACAUUGGUGUUUUUCGGUAAUGGGCCUAGAGUGUUCGAUCUGGAUGAUUUGUUGAGGGCGUCGGCUGAGGUAUUGGGGAAAGGCAACUACGGGACGACUUACAAGGCGUCUUUGGAUAACGGGGUGGCGGUGGCUGUGAAGCGAUUGAAGGAUGUGACAGUGACGGAGAAAGAAUAUAGAGAGAAACUCGAGGAGAUUGGAAGAUUAGAACAUGAGAAUUUGGUGGGUCUUAGAGCUUACCAUUGUAGUGCUAAUGAGAAGCUUCUAGUUUAUGAUUACUUCCCAAUGGGCAGUUUGUCUGCUCUAUUACAUGGUAACAGAGGAGGUGGGAGGACACCGUUAAACUGGGAAACUCGCUCUGCAAUUGCUCUAGGAGCUGCUCGUGGCAUUACUUACGUCCAUUCACAGAACCCCACAGCUUCCCAUGGUAACAUAAAGUCAUCUAACAUCCUUCUUACCAACUCUUAUGAAGCUCGAGUGUCAGAUAGUGGCCUUGCACAACUUGCAAGUCCAAGUGCAACUCCAAAUCGUGUAGCUGGAUAUCGUGCACCAGAGAUCACUGAUCCUCGUAGGGUAUCUCAGAAGGCCGAUGUGUACAGUUUUGGUAUAUUCCUCCUGGAGUUGCUUACAGGCAAGGCUCCUACCCAUGCUCUCUUGAACGAAGAAGGGGUGGACUUGCCACGGUGGGUGCAGUCAGUUGUUCGGGAAGAGUGGGCUGCUGAAGUCUUUGACAUGGAGCUCCUUAGAUAUCAGAAUGUCGAGGAGGAGAUGGUUAAACUCUUGCAGCUCGCAAUUGACUGUUGUGCCCAAUACCCAGACAGUCGACCAUCAAUAGGUGAUGUAACCAGCCGCAUUGAGGAAAUUUGCCAAUCUACAUUAUCGUCCGGACAAGACCCACUUGCAGACAUCAUUAGUGAUCCAGAAAACACACCUACCAAACCAAGCUAAUCCUCCCUAUACAAUCCGUGUCAGGUGCGCACAUCCAUCCAUCCAGCAACAUCAAUUGAUAACAAACACUAUCAAUUCUUACAAUUGUUUACCUCAAUUAUAGAAAUAUUCAAAAUUGUUUGUUUAUUCUUAAAACUCUCCUUGUUUGAUUGAGAUUCAUUCCCCCCAUCAACGCUCUUUGUGUACUUACUUUUCUCUUCUUUUUUUCAUUUUUUAUUUUUUUUAUUUUUUAAAAUUCUUUUUUUUUUUUCCAUUAAUUUUGUUUAUUUUCAGGAACCAUUUAUCUUUUCUUUUUCACUUGUAAUUUUUUAUUCCAAUGUUUUUGUACUUACAUUCAACAUCAUUGAUUGUUGAUUGUGUGGAGAUGAAAUGUGAAUAAUUCAUAAAUCCUCAUUUUUUCUCUUUACUUUCAUAAUACCUUUUCUUAUACUAGUAAUAUGUUAUCGAGAGAAGUGUCCUAAUGAACUGGAACCACGGGCCCUAGCCUCAAAGUGUCACGGUUGAUUUUGUUGCCAUAAUUAUAUCCAAUUAUUUUUUGGUACCACUUUCCUAAUACUAUGCCCUAUUUUUUUGUCUUCUAGGAAUUUUGCUUUUGAUGCAAGAUUAAUUUGGUGAAACUUAUACAA